GGACUGACAAUGUGGGAGUCUUCCAGCGGUGGGACGAGGGACGUGCUGGAGAACAACAGCGACACAAGUGGAUUCUCCGAACACGAACUCCUUGACAUCAUGUAUAAUGCUUGCAAUACCAGCAAUACAGGAGAGGUGUUGGCCUCCACUCUCAUUCAGUACCUGCAAACCAUGACGGCUCAGAGUCCAGAGCAGGAGAAACUGGCUGCCCUGAGGCAGCUCCUUGACCCCGACUCCCUGAACCCGCAUGUGAGCCGGGAGACUUUCCACUCCACCAUGAGGGAGUGGAUCGCACAAUGCAGCCAGGGCAGCGAUGUGGAAAGCAGCCACAUACGCUGGCCAGACUCCUCUAAAGUACCCGUUAACGGGCUGGAUUUUUCCUUUUCUCAAAACAAGGCAGCCUUGUCAGAUGGCCACCAGUGCUCUUGUGAUGGAAGGGACCUGUCCGGCACAGUGGCCGAACUCAAGCACGCGCAGCGCAAACUGAGCGAGCAGAACAGCAGCCUGCUGAGGACCGUGGCUCAGUGCGAGGACGUGAACCUGCAGCUCUCCCUGGAGAUCACCGAGCUGCGAGCGAAGCUGGUCAGUGCUCAGCGUUCUGCGGUGAGAGUCAGAUCCCUGACAGAGGAGCUGGAGGAGACGCGCCAGGCUUUUAAAGAGGCUCAGGAAAGAGCCAGUCGCUCACAGAGCAGCUGCACUAAACUGAGCAAUGAGGUGGAAUGUCUGAAGGUUCACAUUAGGAGGCUGGAAGACAAGGUAGCACAGGUCAACAUCAGAAGAGAGAUUAAUGUACAAUGA